GGGCUCCGGCUGUACACUUUCGCUGGCUUCGCUGGUCCCUCUCAGAAAUUCGAGACGGGCGAGGACGAAGACGAAGGAUCGAUAGAUCGAUCGAUUCAUACGGACUGCGGUCGGGCUCGGUUUCGUAGGCCCAGGCGUGUUGGAUUUCGGAUUUCAGAGAUCGAGAUGAUGAUGAGGACGGGAAAAUGGACUGCCGCCGCCGGAGCUCUGCUCGCGCUCUAUCUUCUGACGACACUCUACUCCGUUCAGGCUAAGAAGGAAAGCAAUUUGGAGACCAUCACACACAAAGUCUACUUCGACAUCGAGAUUGAUGGUCAGAGUGCCGGGCGAAUUGAAAUGGGUCUUUUCGGCAACGCAGUUCCGAAGACCGUAGAAAAUUUCCGAGCACUUUGUACCGGAGAGAAGGGUGCUGGACCGAGUGGUAAACCCUUGAACUACAAGGGAAGUGUUCUCCAUCGCAUUAUUCCUGGUUUCAUGAUUCAGGGUGGUGAUACAACGUACGGAAACGGAAGAGGCGGAGAAUCCAUUUAUGGAACCAAAUUUGCUGAUGAGUCGUUCAAGUUGAAGCACACUGGACCAGGAAUCCUGUCCAUGGCCAACUCUGGACCAAAUACCAACGGCUCUCAGUUUUUUAUCUGCACCGUCAAGACCAGCUGGUUGGACGGCAGGCACGUAGUAUUCGGAAAGGUUCUCCAUGGCAUGGAUGUUGUCUACAAAGUGGAGGCAGAGGGAACCUCAAGUGGCACCCCAAAGAAAACAGUAAAAAUUUCUGCCAGUGGUGAACUUCCCCUGUAGGUUUUCUCCCUAAUAUGAGCAUGAUGUACACUGUUAUUGGCAUCGUAAAGUUGAAAUGUAUACUGCGUGUGGAAAGAAUACUACCAUUCAGAUUGUAUUCACCAAUUUUGAAAUUCUAAGUGCAAACUUCAGUUUACUAGCAACAUUGCAGAUUGCCCCAUCUUAGAUUCAGCACAUUUCCAGCUCUACAGUGACUCCUUGGGUCAGUCUUGCGUCACAGGUGAAGAUCUUGUAGGUGUUACUGUGGUUGUUUCAUGCCUAGAAUGGAUAUAGCGAAUACAGAUAUUUUUGGUCUGGGGAUUAUGAGUUCAGUUACAUUCUGCGUUAUGUUGGUUUGGUACAAGUGAAGCAGCAGCAUCUUCUCUUUCCUCUUAUUUGUUGGUCGCUUUUAUCAUAAGAUUCGAGCUCUUUUAUAGAGUAUGUAAGUACUCACGAAGUAUUAAGUCGCUUAAAGGCGUUAAAUGUCAUUGUUAGAAUUCCGUUUUAGAGAAGGUCUCUAACUUCAAAACCGUGACAUGUAUCGUAUACACAUUACAAGGACAAAGAAGUCUCUUC